CUCACCUCCGCUACACCUACCUCAGCCUAAUCACACUACAACUUUGACACUACAGCCCUCUCUAACCACAGUCUCGCGCGAUAACCUUCUCACCGCCGUGGUCUUCCGCGGAUAUCCCGAUGUCCCCCACGCGCUUCAAGCUCGUCUUCUUCGUGCCGCCUGCCGCUCUCUCAGCCUGCAAAUCGGCCAUCUUCGCCGCCGGUGCAGGCAGCUUCCCCGGCAAAGGGGGCUAUACCGAGUGCGCGUUCACAAGCAAGGGUAUAGGGCAGUUCAGGCCCGGGGAUGGGGCGAACCCGCAUAUUGGGACCAAGGGCGAGCUGGAGGAGGUCGAGGAGGUGAGGGUCGAGAGUAUUUGUUUGGAUAGGGAUGUCGCUGUGAAGGCGGUGGACGCGUUGAAGAAGGCGCAUCCAUACGAGGAGCCUGCGUACGAGGUGUACAAGAUGGAAGAUCUGUAAGUGUGGCCCUCAUGCUGAAAACAGUCAUGUUAUGGGCGUGUUGAACGCUGCGAUUAUGGAUCUAUGACGUUAUAUAGCAACGGUUCUAUCAAGUCUUCUUCCACGCUUCGACAAC